AUGGUCAACACCAUCUCUGUCGACUGUGUCAACCUUACAGCAUACACGCCGGCCGAGACGACAGAGCUUGUCUCUCGGGCCGGGGUGAAAAAAGGGAACACGCCCCCCCACAAAAUCUUCCUCUCUGCAUUUUCAGCAGGUUGCCUCUUGAGUUUCGGCUGCGCUGUCUCGCUCACCGUGCUCUCGUCGCCGUGGUACCAAGAAAAUGCACCCGGCCUGAUCAAGAUCGUAGGGGCGUUAGUCUUCCCUGUUGGUCUGGUGAUGGUCGCACUGACAGGUGCUGAUCUGUUCACCGCCACGACUAUGUUCACAACUGUGGCUGCACUCCACCGCCGUUUACCGGUUUGGAAGAUGCUCCUUCAUUGGACUCUAUGCUUCUUAGGAAACCUCGCCGGUAGUCUGUUUCUGAUGAGUGUGGUCUUUGGAUAUGGAGGGAUCUUCAAUGCCUCUCCGUAUAAAGAGGAGGUGAUUGCGUUUGCCACAAAGAAACAAGUAGCUCCUCAGUGGCAUGAGAUCUUCUUGAGAGCCAUAGGCUGCAACUGGCUCGUUUGUUUGGCAUUGUUCCUUGGUACACAGGCCAAGGAUCUUGGCUCCAAGGUGAUCGGCCUGUGGUUACCAAUCUUCAGUUUCGUUGCCCUAGGAUUGGAUCACGUUAUUGCAAACAUGUUCUUCAUUCCUCUGGGGAUCUGGCUUCACACACCCGGGCUCACUGUCGGUCUAUAUAUCUGGAAAGGUAAGGUCCCCGUUCCCCUCCCUACAUUCUCGGUUACUUCCCCACUUGGUGGCUUAAACUUCAAGCUAAUGAACCUCAAGGUAUCAUUCCUGCAACUCUGGGUAACAUUCUAG